CACGUCAGCCGAGUGACCGUUAACGCAUGCGUAUAUGUAUAUCGUUCACAACAUGGCCGAAAGCCACGUACGAGUUCUAUUAAUUUCUAUCGUAUAUUUUAACAUAUUAUAUUAUAUUUCGGCGAAGAAGUGCGUCGAUAAAUUCUGCAGAGUUCCCAUAUCAAUUGGGAUUGCAUUAGAGAAUUAUGAAGGAAAUGAAAAUAAUUAUUUAAAUUUUAAGAAGGGUGAUAAAAUCAUUAUUUAUGGAAAAUAUAUUGAUGCAGAUAAUUUAUUAUGGACUGCGAGCAAGGGGGGAAGUUCUGCCAAAUUGAUGAAAAGCUCAUAUGUCAAAGAAAGAAGAACAUUUAUACGGGAUGACAAGUUAAUUGAUGUUUCUUCACCUAAUAGUGUAAAGAAUGACUUGAGAGAAGAAGACAUUAAGUUGAUGAAACCCUUGGAUGAACAAAAAGUAGAUGAUGUUCUGAAAUCACAAGGAGUGGAAAAACUUGAUAACAAACAUAAUCCAGAGAAUGUACAUGUAGAUAUUAAGGAUAGUAGAAUUGAUAAAAAUGGGCACUAUGCUGUUGUAGAGAAACAUGAACAAGCCAUUCCUGAAGACUUUGGUGAAAAGCAAGGAAUACUGGAGGAUAAAGAUGAAACCAAUGUUAAAAAAACAAAGAUAUACACUGAUCCAAAUGGUGUUCAAUAUGAUGUUGAGUAUUUGGGUCGUCCUGAUCAAGAUGCAUUCAAUAAAGUUGAAGUUGUUGGAGUAACUGACCAAGAAACCUCAAAUGUUGUUUAUGAUUCAAGUGAAAAACUUUCUGACAAGAAAAAUGAGGAUAGUAUUUCAAUGCAAGAGAAUGAUGAGAAGUCUAGAUUGAAAAAGGGAGGGUUUUUUAGCAGUGUCAGGCAUCUUGUCUCUGACUUUACUGAAAACAUCAUGAAAGAUUUUGGUGACAUUGAAGAUCCUAAAGAGAAAGUGAGGAAGAAUGAGGGCAAUGAAGAUGAGCACAAUACGGAUAAAGUGAUGAAUACCAUUAAAGAAGAUAUGACUUCUGAUGAGUCAAUGAAGAUGGUAUCUGAAGAAUCAAAGAAACCUUUCCAAAAUAUGACUUUCUCAGAAAAGAUGGUGGAAGAUGUUUCCAAGAAAAUGGUUCUGGUGAAUGACAAUGAAGACAAUCCGUUAAUGGAAGAAGCCAGGAAAGCAGUGGAAAACAUUCCUGGAUUAAUGAUAGAAGAUACAGAGAAUAAAUUGCCAGAGAAAAGUGGAGCACAAGGGAUACUGGAGGAUAAAAAGGAGCAAGAGACCCCUUCAUUGAUACAGUACUCAGAUAAAGUGUUGUGUCAAUCAGUACCAGUAAAAGAUCGUGAAAUAUGCUUGGAAACUGUGGAUAAGGAGGAAUGUUUGCGGGAUAACUGCUGUUUUGAUGAAACUGCUAAACCUGGAAGUCAAUGUUUUUUAAAACCUAGUGCUCUGAAGAUGGAUUCACCCAAGAGGAGUGGAAGGAAUUUCAAAGCCCAAAAUUAGAAAAGAAUGAUAAGAAAGUUAAAGAGAACUUUGUGGAUUAUUCUUAUAAAAAACAGUUAAAACUGUCUAAUGAAGAUCAGCAAGAGUUAAUUUCUAAAGAUGAUCCCAUAUUAAAUGAUAAUGAACAAGUUGAUAAAGUCGCUGGUGAAAAGGACUUGAAAGAAGGUGGUGAAAAGAUUCAGGAUCAGUCAAACAAUGAAUCAACAAUUUAUUUUGAUCCUCUGUCUCAUAAUGAUAGUGGAAGUUGAUGAAAAAGAUGUUAAAAAGGCUAAUGGUAAACAACUCAACAUGAACAUUAAUGAUGAAGAAAUUUUAAUAUAUGCCAAUGGUAAGAAAGACAACAAGAAUAUUGAUGAUGAAGAAGACCAGGAGAAGGGUGAUGAUGAAGAGGAUAUAGAGAAUCCUUAUGUUGAGAAAGGAAAGGAGAGAACCAUGAAGAUAAGAAAAAGAUUACUGAUGAUGAAGAAGAGAAUGCUAGUGACAAAGAAGACAGAAAGAAUGCUGACGAUGUAGGUGACAAAGAGGACAGAAAGAAUGCUGACGAUGUAGGUGACAAAGAGAAGAAUG